GCACGCUCCUCUUGUCCUGCGCCGCGGUUCCCUUUCAGGUCGCGAGCGCGACUCGCCUCCGCCGUUUUCCUGUGGGAGCCGCGGCGGGCCCCGGGGAGGUGGUGGGGCCUGCUCGGUCCGGGCCGCGUGAUGGGCGGCGGGGCUGCUGCGCUGUUGUGGAACCAGGAGGACGCGGCCUGUUUGGGGUAAGAACUGUCCAAUGUAGUCAUGGCUCGAGAACGAAAAUGCAUACUAUGUCACAUCGUGUACAGCUCAAAAAAGGAGAUGGAUGAACACAUGAGAAGCAUGCUUCACCACAGAGAACUUGAAAAUCUGAAAGGAAGGGACAGCAACCACAAGUGCCAGGUGUGCAGGGUGACAGUGGUGGGCUUGUCGGCAUAUGCCAAGCACAUCUCCAGCCAGCUGCACAAAGACAAUAUCGAUGCCCACGACAGAGAGGAAGAUGAAGGGAAAGAAGAGGCUGAUGAAGAGUACUUUGACAAGGAACUAAUUCAACUAAUCAAACAAAGGAAGGAACAGAACCGGCAAGUUGAAGCUUGCUGUAGAAACCAAGAAAUAGAACCCGAUGAUAGGAGACCACAGAGAAGGCGAGAAGAAAGAGCUGUUUAUAAAGACAGAGAAACUUAUGAUCCAUCCUUGUGGCACCAUCAUGGCCCAUCUCAGAGGGACUGGAAAUGGGAAAAUGAUGGCUUUAUGAAUCCUAGGCAAGGCAAAUUCCCACAUUCUAUAAAGAACCCUAAUGCAGACCGGCACUUCAGUGGUCCCAGGGGAUGCUCGGGAUGGCAUCAAAAUGGUUCUGCAGGCCUUUCAGGUCAACAUGAUAACCAUGGGAAUUCUGGAGGUGUUUGGCAUCCAAAUGCAGGAGGAGAAAUGUCAAAAUGGUAUCAAGAUGUCAAAGGAAGAAAUUCCAACUGGCAUUCUGAAGGAACAGGUGACUUUUCUAUUUGGCAUUCUAAAAACUCAGCAAGAAACUGGAAAUCCAAUCCUCAGGGUGCCGAUGGCUGGAAUUUUGGUGGCACAGGGGACACACAUCCACUGGAAAGAAAUAGGACUGCAAAUUCUAGUUCCCACACAGAAGAUGGGAGUGUUGCAUGGAAAAAAAACCCCAUUAAAUAUAACCAGGAAAGGUAUACACGGCAGUGGCAGGCAAAUGACCAAUUGGAUUUUACUAGUGAUAAACUCCCUCCAGUGGGGGCACUGGAUUUCAGUAUUUCUGAACAACCAGAGAGUAAAAUGUCCAAGAUGAAUGGAAAGAGUGGCAGCACUUCCAAAGAUAAAAUUCAUCGCUGGACUCCUUACCCCUCCCAGAAAGCUACAGACCAGCAGCCAUGGUCUGAAGAGAAUGUUCCUAAAACUUCAGAGAAAAAAGAUUCUGUAUCUCUACCUUUUCUCGAGACACCCAUGAAAGGGAUGGAUCUUGAAAUAGAUGCAACAAGCCUCCCAAAACUGAUAACGUGGGAAGAGACCCUUUUAAACCACCCCUGUUACAAGGCCACUGCUGACCAACAUGAAUCUUGCAAGGUGAAUGCAGACUGCCCCAGUGGAGGAAGACCUGACCAAGAGGAGGGCAGAAGUAACAGGAUGCCAUCACUGAAAUCCCCUCUCCUGGUUAUUCCAGACAUGAAGUUAUCUUCCCAAAAGCAAGAUCCAAAGGAUCUCUUGAAAAAUGUCAAGCUUCUAUUAUCCUCAUCCCCUGGAGAACUCCAGAACCAUUCGAAUGCACUAAACUUAGAAACUAACCGUUCCUCUUCUUAUGUAUCCAAGUUGCGCAGUGCUUGUAGCUUAAGAGGUAGCAGAGAUGUGCUUGACAGAAAUCAGAGACAGCCUAUUGAUAGCCUAAGUGAAGAACUACGAAAAGCCAAAGAAGAAUUGCAAUCCAAUCUUUCUCUGCAAAAUCCUUACUUAAGUUCAUACAGAGAUACAGAGAGUGAUCUAAAUGGUGGUCGGAAUAUAGAGGAACCCAGGAAAGGUUCUUCAAAGACUAAUGAGCUUAGAGUUGAUACAUUAGAGGAUGUAAGUGAAGAGUGUGAAAAGGCUGAAGCAAGGGUUGAAAAGCUACGUCCUUUUAUUAAUACUUGUUCACCGUGUGACCCUCAGGAGUGUGAACAUGCUACCACCAGAAAGGAAGGUGACACAGAAGCAUCAGGCAAACUUCCCGUUUCAAGUAUUAUAACUGAGAAGCAAAAAGAUUCUGAAUUUCAAAUGGAGUCAGUGAACCCAUCAAGCCUUCAAAACAAUUUAAGUGAUGAGCUGAAAACCUCUCAGGAAGGGAAAGGUGAAGAUCCUAUCAAAUCAAAUCAUCAUUUUGAUAUGGAAGGCUUUGAAAACAGUUUAGAUCAUGAACUGCAAAAAGGAGGUGGUGGCCAACCUUCAGGCCCUCUUCUUCCUGAAUUAAGUAAACUUGGCCUCCCUGCUUCCCUCCAAAGAGAUCUGACACGACAUAUCAGUUUGAAGAGUAAAGUUGGGGCACAUCUUCCUGAGCCCAACCUCAACAAUGCACGACGUAUUCGAAAUGUUAGUGGUCAUCGAAAGAAUGAGACUGAGAAGGAGUCUGGACUUAAACCAACCCUGAGGCAGAUUCUUAGUGCAUCCCGAAGAAACAUAAACUGGGAACAGGUCAUCCAGCAAGUAACAAAGAAGAAACAGGAGCUUGGCAAGGGUUUACCAAGGUUUGGCAUAGAGAUGGUACCCCUUGUUCAGAACGAACAGGAAGGUCUUGAUUUGGGUGAAGAACCUGAGCUGUCCAGCCUAGAAGGAUUCCAAUGGGAAGGGAUUUCCAUUGCAGUAUCUGGAUCAGCUAGGAAACGCAGCCUCUCCGAAAGCAGUGUUGUUGUGGACAGGACUGCUUCUGUUUAUGGAUUCUUCAGUGACCAAGCCACAACAAAGGAAAGUGAGCAAAAGCAAAUCAUUCCAGCCUGCCAUUCACAUUUUAUAGCACCUAUAUAUAAAACAAGUGCUGAUAAUGUGGCCGACUUCAAACAAGAGACAUCCUCUCUCCCUUCAUCACCAUUCAUGUCUGAAAGAACUGAAACUCUUAUCAACGGAAGGAGACACAGCCUACAUAUGCCCUCUGAUGUUACAAGCCUCACAGUGUUUACCACUAAACAAGAUAAGGAGAGCCCAGAAUGUAGAAUACCAUUUCUUGAAAACAAAAAUGCAUUAGAGCUCACAGGAGAAGGAAACAUUUUGGCUUCAAAUGGAGCUUCAGUGCAUGCAGGAUCAAACUCUGUAGAUGCAGCUACAGACAGCAGCUGUACAUCUGGUACUGAGCAGAAUGACAGCCAGGGAAUUGGAAAGAAAAGAAGAGCAACUGGAGAGGGAUCAUCUCCUGAAAUCCCAAGUCUAGAAACAAAGAAUAAAAGAAGGAAAAUUAAAGGCAAAAAAGAGCGUUCUCAGGUAGACCAGUUGUUGUCCAUUUCCCUGAGAGAAGAAGAGUUGAACAAGUCACUGCAUUGUGUGGAUGACCGCCUCUUGCAGGCUCGGGCUGCUCUGCAGGCAGCCUAUGUUGAAGUUCAACGAUUCCUUGUAUUGAAACAGCAGAUAACAAUGGAGAUGAGCGCAUUGAGGAGUCAGAGAAUUCAGAUCCUGCAGGGGCUACAAGAAACCUAUGAACCUCCUGAGAGGUCAGAACAGCUCACCUGCAGCAUCUCAGAUGAAAGAAGAAUUAGCAGAUCCGUGACAACAGCUGAUCUAGCUCUUCCUCCUUCAGGUCACUUCUUCCCCCUUUUGGAGACUUCUUCAUGUCUCUCCUCCCACACAUCCCCUUCUGGUACUCCCUUGGGAGCCUCUCUCCGAGUGAGCACCCCACCUGUGUUCCAAACCCCUAGGACUAUCACAGCCAGCAUUGUUCCUGAUUCAUCAAUGCAAAUUAAACAAGAACCUAUGUCUCCAGAGCGUGGAGAAGAAAGUGUGAAUACCGUCCUCCAUGGCUCUGUGUGCACUCCACAAGCAGAACUGCAGCAGAAGGAUGUAGAUAUCAGCCAGAAAACUUCUGUGUAUCCAGUUAUCUCCUCAAUCAUGUCCUUGUCAGAGCUGACUACUUGUUUCCAACAGACUAAUCAAGAUGUUCACAAGUCUGCUACAGAUAAGGGGCGGACCAUAGUAUCUGGGAACCCUUCCCCUUCACAAUCACCAUCUAUUCUCAACAAACAAAAAGGAGAGAUUGAAACCGUGACUGAAAUCACUUUACCAGAACAGCGUAGCAGCUCCCUUGCAAAUCAGUCUCUCUCUUUAGAAACACCUUUGGACAAAGAUCCCAAACUACCAGCAGAACAGCCUGAGCAUCCGGCAGAAUCCACUCUGGUCUCUGCAGAGAACAAAGGAAAAAAGAGAAGGAAAAAGCUAAGGAAAAAGAAAACAUUGCGCGCAGCCCAUGUGCCUGAGAACAGUGACACAGAACAGGAUGUUAUUGACUCUAAACCUAUUCGGAAAGUCAAGAGCGGGAAGGUGCCCACUGGGGGAAAGGUUACUACAUCCACCCUUCUAAGACAGGAGGAUGGGGGCACUCAUGAAGUAGACAGGAACAAAGAUGAUAAUGAGAGUGAUGCCUCUCUGGAAUUAGUAGAAACUGCAAACCCCCAGUUUGAGGUGGUGGCCAUCAACUCAUCAGAGUCAGGAGAUGAGAAACCAGACAGCCCAUCUAAGAGGGACACCAUGAAAUCCUCGGAGCAAACUUUAAUGGAGGCAUCUCGCUCUGGUUAUGAUGAAGUGAGCUCCACCAGUGAGAUUGGCACAAAUUAUAGGGAUGGCAUCAAUAGCAGUAUGGCUGAGACUCUCCCUUCUAGAUCACCAAUGAGAUGUUCAAAGAACUCCUCAGAAGUGUCUUCAGAGCCAGGUGAGGAUGAAGAACCUACGGAGGGGAGCUUUGAGGGACACCAAGCUGCAGUGAAUGCUAUUCAGAUAUUUGGGAGUGUGCUUUACACCUGCUCAGCAGACAAAAGUGUCCGUGCCUACAAUCUGGUUAACAGGAAAUGUGUGGGUGUCUUUGAAGGACACACUUCCAAAGUGAACUGUCUCCUGGUUACUCAAACAAGUGGGAAGAAUGCAGCCCUCUACACUGGCUCCAGUGACCACACAAUCAACUGUUACAAUAUCAAGACCAGGGAGUGCAUGGAGCAAUUGAAAUUGGAAGACCGGGUGCUCUGUCUGCAUAGUAGAUGGCGAAUCCUGUAUGCAGGCCUGGCAAAUGGCAAUGUGGUCACUUUCACCAUAAAGAACAACAAGCAAAUUGAUACCUUUGAAUGCCAUGGCCCUAGAGCAGUCAGCUGUCUAGCCACAGCUCAGGAAGGAGCACGCAAGUUGUUGGUAGUGGGGUCCUAUGACUGUACCAUCAGUGUGCGGGAUGCUCGAAAUGGACUGCUUCUCCGAACUCUUGAAGGUCAUAGCAAAACAAUACUCUGUAUGAAGGUUGUGAAUGAUCUGGUGUUCAGUGGCUCCAGUGACCAAUCUGUCCACGCCCACAAUAUACAUACAGGAGAGUUGGUACGAAUCUAUAAAGGCCAUAAUCAUGCAGUAACUGUUGUGAACAUCUUAGGGAAGGUGAUGGUGACUGCUUGCUUAGAUAAAUUUGUCCGUGUUUAUGAGCUACAGUCUCAUGACCGUUUGCAAGUCUACGGAGGACACACAGAUAUGAUCAUGUGCAUGACUAUUCAUAAGAGCAUGAUCUAUACUGGCUGCUACGAUGGCAGCGUCCAAGCUGUGCGGCUUAACCUGAUGCAGAAUUACCGUUGCUGGUGGCAUGGAUGUUCACUGAUAUUUGGAGUUGUGGACCACCUGAAACAACACUUGCUAACAGAUCACACCAACCCACAUUUUCAGACCCUAAAAUGUCGCUGGAAGAACUGCGAUGCCUUUUUCACUUCCAGGAAAGGUUCCAAGCAGGAUGCUGCAGGACACAUUGAAAGACAUGCCAAGGAUGACAGCAGAAUCGACUCAUGAAGCUUUUCACCUCCCAUAUUGGGAAGUAAUUUUAUACAUCAGAACUAUUCCAUACAUCAUUCACCUCUUGUCCCGUCCUCUUUCCUCCUCCUUUUCCUCCUUGGAGUGGAAAAAGGGAGUGGAGCCUAACUGCCGUACUACAGAGACUGCAUUUCACAUGCAACUCUGUAGAAAUGGGAGCGGCCCAUUAACUUUCAGACCAAACUGUGUUCAGUUUUUAUUCAUCAGAAGACACUAUGAGCAUCCCCUCUUGUGUGCCCAUUUGAAGUGCAUUCUGUGCAUCUAAGAUUGGGCAUUCAGAGCGUUAUUCUGACUGAGAUAAAACUAGGUGCCAGCAUUCAAUAAUACCUUCAAAGGUGCAAGGAUUUAACCAAGGCGAGUAAUGUUCAACUGUUUCAUGUUGUAUGCAAAUCCCACACAUGCUUUCAUUUUUUAGCCAAUUUUAAUAAAAUAUUUCUAACUAGAAAGGCACAAGUUCCACAGAGAGUUAGCACUGAAUUUCCAUUACAAAUGUUGGCUGUCCUCAUAAAACUAUAUAGUAUUUUAAUGGGAAACUGGAAUGAAGUGGUUCCUUUUUUUUUUUUAAUGUUGACUGCAAUUUAUGCUUUGACAUUUUGAUUAUUCUUUGUUUAAAGGUUGCUCUGAUUGGUAAAAUGCACAGUGACUGACUGGAUUUCACUGUCCUGCACAUUACAUUCUCUAAGGAGAUUUGUGAUGAGGGCAGACACUUUUUUGAGAGGUGUUGCAGCCGCAAAGCAGCCUGACUUCUUCCUUCAUACACCCCCUUAGUGAUCUCUAACAAAUUAAAAGACUAGGGACCUUAGUGGCAGACGGUACAGAGAGUAAUGCCAGCUUUGUAUUUUGCAUUUUGACAACCACUACUGUCUUGAUACACAAGAGCUGGAUUCCUGAUUUUUGGUAGUUUAUUUUGGCAGAUUUCAUAACUUACUUUAGUUGAGAUCUCACAUAGAAUUUUGUUGACUGGCACUGCAAUCCUGUCUCUUUAUGAAAGUCAGUUUACUGAGCAGAUGCACAGGCACCACAUGUCUGAACACAGCCAUUUUGGUGUUGCUCUGUUUCCAGUGUAAACUGACUUUAUUUGCAUCAGCUUCGCAGUCACUCGAGUUUAUCAUGGAAGUGUGCAACAGAGAGCUGCUGGGUGUGGAGCAGGAUUUUAGAGUCCAAGGAUCUCAAGCAGAAGCUGAGGGUACAAAGUGCAUAUCAUCUGUAGAAGACUUCAUUCUACGAAUGCUUUUAAGAUACCGCAAACUGCCAUAAAGGGAAGGCCAUGCUUAUUGUUUCCAGUGGUCUGAUUUGCUCCUUACUUACUCCUGAGGGGGACUGAAAUCUCAUUUGUCCAGCAGGAACUGCAAAAUAGAAAAGGCUGUUUGCGGGAUUGGUCCCUCCCCGCCCCCAUCCUUUCCCUAUUCCCCACACACCUUCUAGGUCAUGAGACUAAGUGAAGGUAGCAAAGGGUGAUCUUCCCUCCCUUUUAAUACCAGCUCAGUACAGGAAAGUAAGAGUUCUCACUUGCUGUGGCCUAUGGAUGGAGUACUUUAAGUGCCAGUCUAAUUCAAGGAGCUCUCUGAGCAGUGUAAUUUUUGUGUGCGCGUGGUGGGAUUUUUUGGCAACUCAAUCUUAAAGCAGAAGGCUGUGGAAGGCUUACAAAACACCUCCUAAACCACUGACAUUCAGGAGCUUUCACACAAUAGGAAAGUUGCAUGCAAAGGUCUGGAAGAAACAAUGUGAAUUUUUUAGGAUAUUCUUAGCAGAAUGUGAUUUGAAGCGAAGGUACAGAGCCAUGUGUAUAAGGACAAGCUUGUGGAGUGCAUUUUGAGGACUGGUGUGCGUGUGCAUUUUAUUACUUUUCCUUGUGGUACUUUGCACUGUUUCCCCAUUUCUUUAAUAUGUUGGGAAACUGUCAAUGACUGUGUUUGCAAGAAUGUGUGAAUGUUCUUUGCACUAUAUUAAGUAUUGCAAGAUAUGCCGUUCUCACACUUUUCAUUUGUGUUCCUGACUACUUUUAUAAGGGGCGGGAGGGGGGGGGGCUUAAAGUUAGAUGAGAGUGAACAAAGAUUUCCAACUCUUUUUAGUUAAUUUCAAGACAUCUGAAAUCUUUUCUUUGGUUAACCUUUUUAAACUAUCCUCCCAGUGUAGUUGGAAUUGAUGAAAUGUAGCUUUCUGUUAUGCCAGAAGGAGAGAACUAACUGUGAUUCCCAUCUGGGUGCCUAAGUUUGGUAGCUUACAAAGAAACAGAUGUUGAUUAAAUAUUAGAAUUAGUGGUGGUCAGGGGAAAUUAUGUAGGUGGAUGAGCUUUACAAAAGUUUUAGCAGCAUAUUCAUAAGUUGUCUGUAGUUACUUUUGGGGUUCAGAGAAAAAGGUUAUACCAUUUUGCUGCAUCGCAAAUUUCCAUGAGAGAGCCCUAAGCCACAAAACUGCCAUGAAGAUCUGAACUUCCCCAAAGUUGAGGGGCAUUUGGAUAUGGGGUUCAGUUUUGGGCCCAUCUGUAUUAUCCACUUUCCUACCUGUUCAACUGGAAAUCUGUGUGGAUUUAAUUAAUGACCACUUGGUUCUUCCAGGCACUAAAAAAAUUGCAGGGACAGUAGUUCUUUAAAUUUAAAAUCUGGAUUUAUUAGGCAAAUUUGGUCCCCCAUCCCUGAACCCACACAGGAGUGGGAUAUCUGGCAUUCCUCCACUCAAAGAACUACUAGAAAUUUGCCUUGGGAAAGGGGAAUAUUUGUUGGAAGAAUAGAUGUCUCUAGGAAAGCAAUACUACACAUCUGAAGCAGUGUUCAAGACUGUAUUUGGCUUUUCUUGAAAGGAAAGAGUUAAAAAUAAAGUAACUAGAGGAAAGUGGGGCUUUAUUUUUAUUUUUUCUUAUAUAUUGGCUAAGGGCUGUGUAUGGUGUAUAACUAAAAUAUGAUGGUCUUAAUGGAGUGCAUAGCACCACUCCCUGCUGCCGCCGCCGCCCCCCCUUACCCCCAACAAUACUGAUACUUUGCUUAUGCCAUGACCAUGUUUAGUGGGUUUAAGUGUUCAGAACAUGAUCGUGUUGUGGUAACAUAGGAAAUAGGUUAUGUAUCACAGAAGAUAAUCUUCAGGAAACCUUUCCAUUGUAAAUCUUUUUUUUUUUUUUUUUUUUUUUUAAAGAAUCUGGGAAUUCCACAUGAUGUUCGCCUACUCCACCUCCAAUCACAAGGAGGAGAGAAUAAAUGGAGUAGCUCUAAAAGGUGUUACCAUCUUCUAGCUAUAUCCCAAAUUACAAUUUAUUUGUUCUCAGAAAACAGCAGUUGAAUUGGUAGAUACAUUAUCAAUAUUGUUGCUUUUCAGUCAUCUUUUUCCCUCCCAAUUGCAGGGCCUUAAUGGAAGAAAUGGUAGCUAGUUGAUGAUGAUUUAGUAUUUCUCACCCCUGCCCUCCAAGAUGCCUUAAUUACUGAGCUGUGGUCAGCAAGGACCAUUUUUGAGGUAGAUGGGGGAUUUUUCAGUUCAUUGAUAUAAAAAUGCAUUAAAUACCCCAGCUUCUGUUUGCCUUCUUGUGGCAAGUGUUUAGAAUGCAGACUUCAAAAAUGCGUGGUCAAAAUAUAAGAUGAUAAAUGGAAUUUGUUGUAAAAGCCUGUUGCUAAACAGCACAAGUUUGGCUGCAAAGUUUUCUGUGCAUAUUUGCAGACCUUCACACUGCAACACUGCUGGAUCAAAACAAACAAAGAAAACAACAAAACCUAUAAAUGCAAAUCAAGUUCUAGCAAACAUUGGAUUCCUGUGGAUAAAUCUGUGGUCAUGACAGGAUGACUUCCCUUUUGUGACUAAACACAAAUACUAGAUGAAAUUUAAGAUGUUUUCAGGUAUGUAUGGUACUACCGCCUGGACAUAGUCUAGAUAGUCCCAAAUUGUAGAAUAUGCAAGCAGGAUUAUUGAAAUUGUUUCAGUUAUUGUUUGUAAAAUAUUUAUUAGUAAAAAUAAAAAGCAAACUGUAUAGGUGAAGUGUUUUUUUAAUAUGUGCCUGCCAGCUUCUCCAACUUCAUUUUGUUACAAAUGUUAAACCUAGUCUUUGGAAGAAUGAAAGUGGGAUAAAACAAUGUGGCUUUUUAGUAUUUCAUAAGUAAAGCUGUGUGGAUCAUGUGCACAGAAUGACUUGGUCUUUCCUCUUUCAUUUUGGUGCAAAGCUGUGAACAUAUUAAUGGAACUUUAUAAAGCAAAACAAACAAAAAAAAAAGGAAAAAAUAAAAGUUCUUUAUACUAA